CGAUUUAUCCGCGUCCGAGAUGUCUGUAUGUGUCCCAGUCAUGGCGCUGCUAUGAGAAGACAAGCGUAAACAUAGGAACGUUGAAGUAUUUUAGCUGAGGAAAAGGAAGAAAGCACGAGAUUAUCGAAUGGGAAUGCGUGCUUUCGCCGAGACCGGGGUCGAAGUGCAGGCUACUUCUGGCAUGUUAUUAUAUUGAGGAAAAAAACGAGAGGAUUGGUGCGCUACGUAGUAGUUGUUGUAAAGUUACGUUUGUGGACGGUGUGUUUUAUUAUAACGGCGCGUUUUGGAGAGACUAAAGAGAACGGUGCAAUGUGGAGUUUCGAAGUAGGGAACCUGACAUCGUGGGAUUGAUCUGGUUGAUCUGAUUUAAUUAUCUUGCCAGUUUGAACUCUGAUGUAACUCGGCGACCAUGCCUGGGAAAACCAAGUACAAUUUAGUCGAUGAUGAUCACGAUUUAAGGAUUCCUAUGCACAACGAGGAAGCUUUUCAACAUGGGGUCAAUUUCGAAGCUAAGUACAUUGGUAGUCUGGAUGUGGCGCGACCGAAUAGCCGAGUUGAGAUUGUGGCUGCAAUGAGGAGGAUAAGGUAUGAAUUCAAAGUGAAGAACAUCAAGAAGAAGAAAGUCAACAUAAUUGUCUCUGUGGAUGGCGUCAAGGUGGCCAUGCGGAAGAGGAAAAAAAAAAAGGAGUGGACUUGGGACGAGAGUAAAAUGAUGGUGAUGCAGGACCCUAUUUACAGGAUAUUCUACGUUUCACACGACUCCCAGGAUUUGAAAAUCUUCAGUUAUAUAGCGAGAGAUGGGCAGAGCAAUGUAUUCCGCUGCAAUGUCUUCAAAUCGAAAAAGAAGAGCCAGGCCAUGCGGAUUGUACGGACAGUGGGCCAGGCGUUCGAGGUGUGUCAUAAACUGAGCCUUCAGCAUACUCAGCAGAAUGCUGAUGGACAGGAGGACGAAGACAGCCAGAAGGCCAGCAGCAACUCUACGCCAGCUCGGCAGUUAACAGGUGCAGAGAAAAAGGCAGCCGAGGAGACUGAUAUUGAUGCAGAGGAAGCGCCUCUGUCAGACAGUAUGGUGGAUGAGUGCAACCGGGGAGUCACUGACCUGGACGCAGCCAAAGAGGAGGAGGAGGAGGAGGAUAUUGACAAAGACGGGAAGGUUUCGGGUGGUGUUAUCCUGGUGGGGUCCCCCAAAAUGCUCCUGCCUUCCUCCAGCCAGCUGCUCACGGGCACCCCGCUGUCCCUCCACCACCAGAUCCAGCUCCUCCAGCAGCAACUUCAGCAGCAGCAACAGCAGACGCAGGUGGCCGUAGCCCAGGUUCAGCUGUUGAAAGACCAGCUCUCGGCAGAGGCGGCAGCGCGGUUGGAGGCUCAGGCUCGGGUCCACCAGCUCCUGCUGCAAAAUAAGGACCUCCUGCAGCACAUCUCCCUCCUGGUCAAACAGGUCCAGGACCUAGAGCUCAAGCUCUGUGGACACAGCUCCAUGGGUUCCCAAGACAGCCUGCUUGAGAUCACGUUUCGUGCCAACGUACCGCCAGUGCUGUGUGACCCCAACACUCCUCAUCCGGAGGACACCGGACUGCCGCCCUUUUCCAACGGGACCCAGCUCCACCUGCCUCUGGGCAGCCCGAUAGGUAGGGACGGCUGCUUUGUGAAGUUCGAGUGUUUCCGGUUCCUCCCGCCCCUGCCGCCCCCCGAAGAGGAGGAGGGGCAGGAGGGGCUGGGGCAGGCCCGGAGUCACGGCGACGACCCCCUGCCGUCCCAAGAUGAGGUCUUGGGCAGCCUGGAGCUCCUGAAGUUCAGGGAGUCGGGCAUCGCCUCGGAGUACGAGUCCAACACGGACGAGAGCGACGACCGCGAUAGCUGGGGCGACAGCAGCGGCCUGCGGCUCUUCAACGUUCUCGACAAGCAGGCGCCGCCCGACUGCCUGGGUGACGAGAUCGCUGUCUAACCCCUCCCCCCCUACAUCUUGCACCCUCUCUCACCAUGCCCAAUCAUGUUCCAGCUCUUGUCCAUUCCAAGCAACUGGUCGUAAUCCUGCCCAGGCUGUCCUUCUGCCUCUUAGCCAUGGCCCUCUAACUCACCUGUACUUUGUGACAAAAAUAAGGAAUCGGCGGGGAGCUCCUCGAGGUCGUGGUGUGUUAUAAUCACUGUCUCAAGCUCGGUUUUGGGGGAUUUUGUGGAUCAGAGCUUAGUGCUGGUUGAUGGGACCACUGGCUAGGCUAAUGGUAGGAUGAUCUUAUGUCAGUUGUGCAAAAAAUGUAUAUAGAGAAAUGAGUCUGAACUGUUAAUAAGCUAAUGAACUGAUGGGAGCAAGACCAGCCAGGCCGUCCAUUCCCCACAUCCACAACCCCCGUUUAUCUACACGGUUGACCUGGAGAAACCAAGAGCUAUGAUUUGGAGGAAUGAAGGUGUGACACUGUGCCCAGUACGUGUAUGUUUACUGUGUUCACCACUGAGUUUAAAAAAAGAAAAAUGUUGCAAAAGAGCAAAAAAUGAAAAAAAAAAGUAUGUAACCAUUUCAAGCGUCAAAAAUGUUUAACCUGAAUGGUUAAACCUUCACUUGGUGCAUCAUUUUUCUGGUAACCACAAACCAUUUUAAACAGGUGUUUAAACAUACUAGUAAACCCUUCUUGGGUACUCUUCUUAAUUUCUUUCCACUUUGAAAGGGCCAUUUAGUUCACACCUGGGUUCUUAGGAGUUGGUCUCCCAUCAGCCACUUUGUUUUCUGGUGCUCUGCUUUUGAAACGCACAGCUGUGUGGGUAACAACCCCUGUAAUGAGACAGCGGCUGGAUUACUGUCAUUUUCACUGCCUCGCUAUGGAGUGACGAUGUUUAUUUAAACUUGGACUAAAAGAAAUAAAGCUUAUUCUAAUUACCUUAA